AUGCCCACCACCACCAAAACCAACCCAAACUACCCUCGCACCCCCGCCACCCCCAACAAGAAAAAAGUCCGCAUCGACCCCGUCGGAAAAACCGCCUCCGACUGCACCUGGCAGCGUCGCACCCCCUUAGAAGCGUCCUCGGGAAAGGACAAACGCUCCUCUCGUUGCGAGAGACCUCCCACACCGCAGCGCCGCCGCUCCAACGCCGGGAUCAUAGCCGCGGUAGGCCUUUCAGCGCUGGCGGCGGCCCAGCAGCAGCAGGCAGAUUCGAAUCGGGAGCGGCGGGCGAGGGGGAAGAGUCCGGGGAGGCAGCGAGAAAGGUAUCCGCAGCAGCCGGUUCCGAGGUCGCCGAGGAGGAGGGAGGGAGGGCAGCAGGGUGGGAGGGAGAAGAGGCAGGAGGGGGGUCGGGGGCAGAAGGAGGGACGAGGGGAAGACGAGGUAGCGAGGGUGGUGAGAAGGAGGAAGUAUACUGUGUAUUUGUAG